CGCUUUCGGUUUACAUAGUAAACAAAAUGUCUAGUAAGGACACAGAGGGCUUAAUAAAAUCAAUGCUUGAAGAUGAAACCUUACUCAAGAAACAUCGCCAGAAAAUCAGUCCAACAGUGAUUCAGAGCGCACGGGACUUGUAUGAUUUAUUGGCGGGGAAAACUCAUCAGAAAUUGACAAAGUCACUUCCCGCACAGAAGCCACCUGAUCAAGAUUUUAAUAUGAAGUUCAAGAUAGAGAAGAAAGAAAUAUCCGAUAAUCAGGAAAAAUUUGCUGAACUUCAAAGUGUUAUUAUGACAUGCAAAGGCGAAUCUAGUAAAGAAAUGAAAGAAUUUGAGUCGCUGAUGUCGGCUUACAACAUUUGGCAGUCUUUGGGACAAAUUUAUUCACGACCACAGAAGUCUAACGAAGGCCCAAUGAAAAGGGGGUCCAAAAGAUACAGUGGAAAAAGACUGAGUAUGACAGUCAGGGAAUCAAGACAUAUCCCCGAAGUAUAUCAUCACAGCUUUCAAAAAGUUACACCUAUACCGCCGAAAGAGUCCGAAGAAUUGAAAAAUAUUAAACUCGAAAACGAAAAGCUUAAAGCUCAAGUCGAGGAAUUAACCACAAGGCUGAGCAAAAUUGCGAGCGAUAAACUCACAGACGGAAACCCAAACUUUGCCGAUCUGAGCGAUAGGAAUAGGCCGACAAAAAUAGGGGAGAAGUUCGGCUUAGUGUAUGACGAGGAGUGGAGCGAGGCUUUUGAGGAAAUAAAAACAAACCAGAAGAAAGAUGAUGUGGAGACAUACAACAUCUUAAUGCAAAUUGUGAAGAUUGGAAUAAAGUUCUGUCAAGAAGUGGCGAAAUCCCAAAUGUCUUUUAUCGAAGCAGGAAUGCGCGAACCAAUGUUGCGUCCGAAAUGGUGCAGCAGUGGAAAGGAAUAUUCCGUGGAAGAGAUGGAGGCAAAUGCCAGCUUUACAGCCUCAUUGAAGAAGUUCGCUAAAGACUUCCGUAAAACUACAUCAACUUCGUCAAUCAGCCCGCUGUGUACGAUAUUUAAAGAUGCCAAACUCAAAGAAAUUAUCGAAUGGGAUGUGUACAAGAUGGACAACUUGAACAUUUACAUUGACGCAUGCAUCGAAUGCUUAUGGUUAAUGUGUGUGCAAGAUCCUCCGAUGCACAUUCUGUGGUUAGACAAGGGCAACACCUAUGAUCCUGCUUGUUUUAAUAUGUUUAUGACGAAAGGAAAAGAAGUGGAGUAUACCGUGUGGCCAGCUGUUUUCUUGUACAAAGAGGGACCAUUGAUAUCUAAAGGAUAUGUCAAAGUCAAAUAACAUGUAAAAUGCUAAUAAUGAGAAAAGAUAAAAAUGCAGCAUUAGCCAAAUCAAAAAAGAUACUUUUUAUUGAAAAUAUAUUUAUUUUAUUGAAUCUGAAUUCAUAUAAGAUUUAAUGAUAGAAAACAACAGUUAGUUGCAUAUGGUUGUUGAAUUUCGACUGGUUAUUAGUUCAUUCGUAGAGGUUUUCUGAUCAGUUAUUUCUUCCUCGAUCUCUCUGACCACCUGAAUUUUAAUCAGUUAUUUAAACUAUUCCCUUUAACCAACAACUAGAUUAAUUUCUAUUAAAAUAAUAAAAAAAAGCACUUGGAUGAAGGAAUGUAAGCUUGUUGAUACAAAGGACAUGUAUAUCAAUAUGUCCUGACAGUCAUGUAAAAAUCUGUUGAAAAUUACUUCUUCAAAAUUAUUUAAAACCUUAACCUGGGAUAGGUACAGCCAUAAUUGGAGAGGAGGUGGAAUGUAGAUAUUAAAAGUAAAGAUGAAAAUCUGUUUUCUUCUGUUGUUCCACUGUGCAUCAAAUUGAUAAGCAUUGGACUCUUUUUCAGCAUAUUCUCUGAAACUGCCGAACCAAUUUCAACCAAUAUACCGGUACUUGGUUUAUAUUUGUGAGGGGAUUAAUCUAAAUAAAAAAUAACGACUUCCUAGGUACUUGUCCCUUUGGGCUUGGUCUUAAAUCAUUAAUUUUAAAAAUAAUUUUCUUA